AUGGCGAGCCGGCAAGAGGGUUCCUCCCGGCGCUCGGGUGGGCGCAAUGUUGGCCAGUUUACCAUCGACAAGGAGAUUGGCAAAGGCAGCUUUGCCCAAGUCUACAUGGGCUGGCAUAAGGAAACGAGAGCUGCCGUGGCCAUCAAAUCCGUCGAGCUAGAUCGACUGAACAAGAAACUGAAAGAAAACCUAUAUGGCGAAAUCCAGAUCCUCAAGACCCUCCGACACCCACAUAUCGUUGCCCUUCAUGACUGUCUCGAAUCCGCUACACACAUUAAUCUUGUCAUGGAAUACUGCGAGCUCGGUGACCUUUCCCUCUUCAUCAAGAAACGUGACAAGCUCAUUACCCAUCCUGCCACCCACGACAUGGCCCGCAAGUACCCCAGCGCCCCUGAUUCUGGUCUUCACGAGGUUGUCAUCCGCCAUUUCCUCAAGCAGCUGGCUAGUGCCCUGGAAUUCCUACGGAGCAAGAACUACGUCCACCGAGACGUCAAGCCCCAGAAUCUCCUUCUACUGCCGUCCCAAGCAUUCCGGGAAAAGCGAAACCUCCCCAUCAUGGAGGCAAGCCAGGAUUCCUUAAUACCCAUGUCUGGCAUCGCUUCCCUACCGAUGCUGAAGCUUGCUGAUUUCGGAUUCGCCCGCGUAUUACCAUCAACGUCGCUCGCCGACACCCUUUGCGGCUCACCUCUGUACAUGGCCCCGGAGAUCCUCCGUUACGAACGGUACGACGCCAAAGCUGACCUGUGGUCUGUCGGUACUGUCCUGUAUGAAAUGAUUUCGGGGAAGCCCCCAUUCCGCGCCAGAAACCACGUCGAACUGCUGAGGAAGAUAGAGGCUGCCGAAGACGUCAUCAAGUUCCCUAAAGAAGUGACCAUUACAUCUGAAAUGAAAUCCCUAGUAAGAGGUUUACUCAAGAGGAGCCCCGUGGAGCGAAUGAGCUUUGAAAACUUCUUUGCCCACCCCGUCGUCGUCAACGAAAUCCCCGGACUAGUCGAGGAUGACAUCCCAAAGUCCGCCAGGCGUGAGCUGAGGACAGUUUCCCACGGACAGGCUACCACAUCGUCACCACGCGUCGGAUCCCUGCGAAAUGGAGCGAUCGAGGCUGGGUCUGCUCGGUCAUCUCGAGAGCAGCUGCCUCGGUCAUCACCGAUAAUGGAAAACACCAGCGAGGGCCGAGAUCGGCCGCAGUCUGGCGAGGCCCACAAACGGCCAAGCUCACCUCGAGAGACCGGGGCUGGUCUGGGCAUCCAGCGCCCACCCCCAGCACCCCAUGCCGCAUCACUCCCAAAUCAUCCUAGGAUAUCCAAAACGUCGCUGCAUAAUACCUCGCCUCCGUCAUCUCUCAUCCAGGACAUUCGCAAGGCUCGAGUGCCGAGCGGCAAGGUUUUAACGGACGAAGAGGAAAAGGCCGCGCAGGAUGUCAUGUUUGAGAGAGACUAUGUGGUUGUGGAGAGAAGGCACGUCGAAGUAAACGCCCUUGCAGAUGAGCUGGCCGCGAACGAAAAGCUCGCAUCUCAAAGCCCUACGUCUCUAAAGACAAGGCAGCUGGCUCGCCACUACUCACAGCAGGGAGCACCGAAUUCCACCACCGGAGCCACUGCAGCACCUGCAUCGCGAACGCAGCUUGUAGCGCAGGGCCGAGCCACCCAAGGCCGCCGCCCGUCAUACGAGAAGGCCUUGUCUGCGAGCCCAGGAUCUGCUUCGAGUGCCAUAACCAAGGCCAUUCAAGAUGCCAGCCUGCGUCUUUUCGGGGUCAGGAUGCCCAUUCGUCCCAAGGGACAAUCCCCACCGAUGUACCAUCCCUUCCCGGCAUAUCCGACGCCGCCAACUUCGGCGGGACUGAUCGGAGACGGGCGAAGCAUCCACUCGGAGGACGAAGACGGUCGCUCUGCGCAGGCCAUCGAAGACUUUGCCACCCGAAGUGACUGCGUUUACGGAUUUGCCGAGGUCAAGUAUAAGCAGCUUGUUCCCAUGGCGCCAUCCACAAACCAUGGGCUAGGUGGCAUCGCAACCGAGCAGAUGUCAGCAGAUGACGAUGGACUGACGGCAGAAGCCAUCGUGGCACUCUCCGAGGAGGCUUUGGUGCUUUAUGUCAAGUCGCUUUCUCUCUUGGCUCGGGCCAUGGACAUUGCCAGUAUCUGGUGGUCGAUGAAGAGCAAAGGAGAUGUCGCCAAUGGUCUUUCGGCAGCCGUAUCCCAGUCUAUAGUCCAACGCAUCAACGCGGUUGUGCAAUGGGUGCGCCAACGCUUCAACGAAGUUCUGGAGAAGUCUGAGAUUGUACGCCUAAGGCUGAUUGAAGCUCAGAAACUGCUACCAGAAGACCAUCCAAGCCACCCAUCAAACCAAGGAGUGGACUCUAUUAUGUCUUCAACAGGGUCCGCAAUGAAGCAGGUGUAUCUCACGCCAGGCAUCACUGCUGAAAGGCUAAUGUAUGAUCGGGCUCUCGAGAUGAGUCGAGCCGCUGCUAUUGACGAAGUCACAAACGAGAACUUGUCUGGCUGUGAAAUCUCAUACAUUACUGCCAUUCGCAUGCUCGAGGCUGUAUUAGACAGUGGUGAUGAUGCCAACUUUUCGAAAAGGGUAGCAUCUGGCGGCGAAAUCAUGAGGGAGAGUACUAGCGAUCUCGAGAGUGACGAAGAGGCUCAUAUCAAGAAAAUGAUUUCCAUGAUCUCUGGCAGGCUUUCCGUCGUCCGCAAGAAGCAGCGGCUCAUUGACGAAGCAAACGCCAAAGCACAAGCGCUAACCCGCCGACGUAGUGGCGAUGUUACGCCUCGCAGUCCCCUCUCACAAGGGUCUGCAUAAAACAUCAGAGCGAAGAAAAAAAAAAACUUCAAAAAGCGAAUGGCGCGAAUCAACCAUGGCACUUGACAACAACCAUACGGUAUACAAAAGGCAAAACACUACAUAACACCGGAAGCCUCACGGCUGGACAUCAAUUUGGACAAAACCAGUAUUAUUCCUCACAAGUCCAACUGGAUUUCAUUAUUUUUUUCAAUUGUUUCAUUUCUUUUCCAACAUUUCUUUCAUUUUGGUGGCGUUUGAAGGUGCUUGGUAAAUCCAAGCACGACGAGAGAAUCCCCGCUCAGGUACUGGUAGCGGGCGUUUGAUUGAUUAUUUGACAUUCAUCCUUUGAGGGUUUUCGGUAUAUUCAUGGCUCAGGCGUUUUCUUAUUUUAUAUUCUCUUCAUGUCGUUGGUUUUCUAGCCGAGCUAGAGCCCGACUGACCUUAUUUACUGCAAUUUUUUCGCGAUUUUAUUGCACUUUCUUCCAGCAGCCAGAACCGGCUACUGGGGCGCAAACGACCGAUGAAGGAAUGGGAAGCGAUUGCGAACAUAUGAUUGCACUUUGUCCGGAGUAGCUUUGGAGAGAAACUUUUCUUUGCACCGCUCUUUUUCCUGGACGUAUGAUUUUAGCAGUCCGCUGUCUCUCGCUUAUGCCGUUGCUGUUGAUAACUUUUUUGGAUUUGGGACAUGGAGUUUAGGAUUUUUUUCCCUUUUAUUUUCUUGGGCCACGGCAUCGGUUUGCGGAUUAGGGAAUGGUUAUGGGAAUGGCUCGUUCUCAUGACCGAGAAAGUCAUGGGUAGCGGUGGGAUCGGAUUAUGGGCGAGGACUGGUUUUUGUGCGUGAAAGUGAAUUUGUAUGAUUUUUAGAUUGUUGCGUUUCAGCGCGUAACCUAGUCCACGAUACCAAUACCAUUGCUGCCGAAUGUUUUUACAUACAGACAAAACGCA